GCCUGCGCGGUCGCCGGCUCCCUCCACCUCCGCUUCCCCUCCCCCUGUCCCCCCGCGGGGGCUCCGGGUCCGGCGGGACCAUGUUCACCAGCACCGGUUCCAGUGGGCUUUACAAGGCGCCUCUGUCCAAGAGUCUCUUACUGGUCCCCAGCGCCCUGUCCCUCCUGCUGGCCCUGCUCCUGCCCCACUGCCAGAGGUUCUUCGUGUACGACCUCCAGGCCGUCAAGCACGACUUGCAGAUUUGGAGGCUGAUCUGUGGAAGAAUAAUUUGCCUUGACUUGAAAGAUACUUUCUGCAGCAGUUUGCUUAUCUAUAACUUCAGGGUCUUCGAAAGAAGAUAUGGAAGCAGAAAAUUUGCAUCCUUCCUGCUGGGCUCCUGGGUCCUGUCGGCCUUGGUGGACUUCAUCCUCGUGGAGGCUGUGCAGUACUCCCUCGGCAUCGCUGCAGCCAGGAACCUGCCUUCCGGGUUCCUGGCACCUGUGUUUGCUCUCUUUGUGCCGUUUUACUGCUCCAUUCCGAGAGUCCAGGUGGCACAAAUUCUGGGCCCACUGUCCAUCACAAACAAGACGUUGAUUUAUAUCCUGGGACUGCAGCUUUUCACCUCUGGUUCCUACAUCUGGAUUGUAGCCAUAAGUGGACUUAUUUCCGGUGUCUGCUACAACAGCAAGGUGCUGCAGAUCCAGCAGGUGCUCUGCGUCCCCAGCGGGGUGGCCAGGUUCUUUUCCUGCACCCUCGAGCCCAUCUUCUCAUCGGCAGAGCCCACCACCGAAGCCAGGGUCGGCAUGGGGGCCACGGUGGACAUCCAGAGACAGCAGAGGGUGGAGCUGCUGGACCGGCAGCUCAUGCUCUCCCAGUUCGCGCAGGCCCGGCGGCAGCGGCAACAGCAGGGAGGAAUGAUCAACUGGAAUCGUCUUUUCCCUCCCUUACGUCAGCGACGAAACACGAACUAUCAGGAUGCUCGGCGGUCUGAACAGCAAGCAUCCCCUCCUCUAGAGGUUUCUGAGGAACAGGUGGCCCGGCUGAUGGAGAUGGGGUUUUCCAGAGGGGACGCGUUGGAAGCCCUCAGAGCUUCGAAUAAUGACCUUAACGUGGCUACCAACUUCCUGCUGCAGCACUGAUGGUUCCACCACCACGGGGACCGCCGAGCUGACACCGGUGGGCGCCAUCCUGGAGCGGACCAGGCUUGGCCCGCACGCCCUGGCGCCCACGUUCUCACCGCCCUCGUGGGCACGGGGUGUCCCUGCUGCCCGCCACCCGUAAUUCCAAGAUUGUCUCCAUUAGCUUUCAAAAAUAAGUUUGCCAUUAAAUUAGCAUGUAUUUUCUAUCUUUUAUUUUUUUAUUGGGCAUUUUCCUUAGUUUGGAGAUUCAGCACUCAUUCCUAAUGUGUUUAAAGUGCAUUAAAAGCGCAGGUCUCUGCAGCAGCUGAGCGGCGCGCCGGGUGGGAAAUGAGUGCUGUUGUGAUGCCCUUUCCUGUAACGCAUCACCCCACGUCACACCCGAUCAUAGUUGUUGUGAAAGGGGCAGGGGGCUGUUAUUUUAGAAAGGACAUAUUUGAAAUUAUCCUUACAGAAUUUUUUUCAUCACUCGUUUUUUUCUCGAAUUUGCUUUCAAACCCCAGUGGCUCUUCAGAGUUCUGGUUCCCCGGAUGUGAGCAGGGCCCGUCUGCUGCAGCCGGGAGUGGCCUGGGGAGAAGCAGGACGAAAUCCUGCUCUGCUGUUCCGGCCCAGUCUGGUCCGGGGAGUUUCCCCAGCUCCUCCCACCCGCUUCCACUAAAGAACCGUACUAAGUUCCAAUUCAAGAUUCUGGAAUACUCCAUGCAACAAGACGGGUUAAUUUUGCUCAAAAUAGCCACAGCAAGCCACUCAGUUUGGGGGUGAGAAGGGGUCUCCCGGAGCAGUCACGGCCUAACCCGCGUGUCCCGGGGACCGGCCAGUGUGCCUCGACCCUAGAACAGAAGAGGGAACACCUGAGCCUGCCGUCCCCUCUGCGAGGCCAGCCCCUGGGGACCAGACCUCCCGGGCCCAGGAGAGGUGGAGCCGCGAGCAAAGGAUCCGACAGUGCGAGGCGGCAGGAGGUGUGCCUGAGCGUGAGGAGAUGGAAAGCAGGGAGACGUGACAUCUAAGGAAAUUGUGCAACUAUUGUGUUCUGAGAAACGAGCAGAAAUGUAUCAAAUUGAUGCAAAUUUCAAUGUGUGAUACAAUAAAGUUUUUAAUGUGUUUUGCUUUUUGGUGUCUCUGUUAGAUUGACC